UUUCCUUUGUUUCCUUUCCUUAUUUUCAUUCUGAAUGUACCUCCCGCUGUUGUAGCUAAUGCAAUGCAUUGAUUUGUUACUGAUUUGCUUUCUAAUGCUGUAAUGUUGAUGAAACUGCCUCAGCUUGUGGACUUAAGGAUAAACACUUCAUUAAAAAGCGGGGGGGUAUUUUGCAAUGUUGGUAAGCUCACAAUGUGAGUUGACCAAUGCAGUGUAGUAUUUGAUUUCACAAUGAAUUGGAACAUUUAAGUCGGUAUAAAAAGAUAAUUUAGUAUACAAAUACAUAGUGAAGAUGUGGUACAUUUUGCUGAUCUGCCAGUACUUCCCGGUUCAUGACAGGGUUAGUAAUAAAUUGAGCUUUACAGAUGCUUAUGUAUUUUGGGGUCUUGAUUAAUGUCCAAGAUGAACACUCUGCAGCUCUCUUUUGCUCAGGAGACACACUUGAUUCUGUGCCACAGCUAAACCUGUGUUUGAAUACCCUCUCAUGUAGCUCGCCCGAUCCACAGCCUAAAAUAACCCUGGAGCUGUUUAAUACGUUUCUGUUCAUCCGUUUGGGUUCAGGCAGUUAACAUUUGUAUUUUGCCUUCUGCAGUGGCAGAAGCCAAGUAACAUUAGCUGAGACUAUUUUCUUACUGUGAGGUUGAUGGUUCAUUUUGCUUUAAGAGGAAGAAUCAUGCAGAUGUUAAAAAAUCCGGCUGUAUUCAAUAACCCCCAACUUUGUUCAGUCCCCGAGGUCCAACUGCAGUUUCUUGUCUUAUUGUUAACAUUUCCUUUCAACAGACUACUGACUAUGUAAUAAAGGAAAGAGAACAUAAAGCUAUGUGCCCUUAAACUAAGGACACUGAGUUGUCUUCUAAUGGGCAUGUCUGGUAAAAAUGUAUUAAAAACAUUUAAGGCAUUAAAAAUAAUGCUCAUCCAAUUGUUCAGUAGUCCUGAGAUCUCUUAAAACAUUCUGUUGCAUUUCUGAUUUGGAUGCAGCCCAGUUUGAAGUGAGUUGUGGGGUUUUUGUUGGUGACGUGCUUUGCUUUGCUUUGGUUUUAAUAACAUGUUGAUACAGAAAGGGUUAAUAUCAGCUCCAGCUUCUUAAUACUGAUGUUAACCCUUGGCUGGCAGGGAUUGUUCUGUCAUAGAAGUGUUCACUGGUGUAACAUUACUUAAUUGCUUUCUGAUGUGAAAAUACACUCUGAUUGCAAAGUUGCAGUUAUUUUUCCCAGAAGAGGUGAUACAAUGCUCGUUUCCUGAAUGAGGCUGUCAGUGAUUAUAUAAAAUAGGUGCCUUUAUGCCUUUAUUUAGUGCAAUACCCAGCUAUGAUUUGGCAAUUGAAAAUGUAAGGUUACUUGACACAUUAGAGUGUUAUAAAAAUCAGUGCUAAUUCUUACCACAGGAAUCGUCAUACUGAGAAAAGUGUGGAGAGAAUGCUGUUGAGUCUAAAAGCAUGAAAGAGUGAAAUGUGGUAUUUAAGGUUAAAACAUCUUUCUUCAUCAUAAAUUACUUUGGUAAAGGCUGUUAUGAUAGAAAUGCUGAUUAAGAGUCACCUCAAAGACUUUUAAAUUUGGAAAGAAGUCAUGGUGCAAGAUAAAUGGGGGUUUUCUGGUGGGGUGGAUUUUCUCACGGCCUGCAGAGAGCUGUGUGAAGGUUUUCUGUCGCUGUACCGCGGGCUCGAUCCUGCGGUGAUGGCAGCACAGCGCUCUCAUGACGACUGUAGCUUGCUGUGGAAACCCUUAGGAGAGCACAGGUGAAGUGGUUCCACAGCGUUAUCGAGUCGGAGGUGACUGCUGGCUCAGGAGAUCUCCCAGUUCACUGAAGUGUCGAGGAGGAUUGAAAAUCCCAAUGUUUCUUUUAACUUCACUGUUGUGAACAUGGGCAGAGUGAAGUAGUGUAGUAGACUCUGCCUGGUGAGACCAUUGCGGGAAAACAGAUGCUCUGGAGCAUAAAAACUCUUUGGCAGCUAAGGAGGUUCUUUCACAGGUUUUGUUUUUGCCGUCUGUGGUGUUAAUUGGGUUGAGAGCUCUGAAGCAGAGGUCCUUACUUCCAGGUGGAAAUGAGUCUCUCCGUAGCUCUCAGUAUAUUGAAGCAAAGAAAGCAGGGGAUCCUUGUUCGCACGUACCGUUCUUGUCACCGAGAGCCGCUCGUCCUGGCGCGGGCCCGGCCUGCAGGAGCUGCGGCGGCUUGUGCUCCUGGCACUGUUCAAACGUCGGCGUCACAGGUGAUCGCAGCCACUUACCGUGCAAAAGACUUCUUUAUCCAAAACAACGCGUUUAAUACUUCUGUGUUCUAAACAUUUAAUGGAAUCGUUAGUUAACUGCAUUUUAGAAAAUAUUUCAAACCUUUUUGGAGGGAAGGAUGGAAUCCAGGGAGCCUAAAAGUAACGUUUUGCCCAUUUAAAGUUGUUCCCUUAAUCUAAACAUUUCAAAGAGAAUUUUUGCAAGUAGUUUAAAAAAUGAUCCCUUGGGGGAAAAAACCCCACAGGUCUGUAAACGAAUCUGUUCCGUGGAGCGCACGCGUGGUCGCAGGCUCCGUGGAAGGCUCUGUCCAAGGCAGACGCAGUUGAGGGCGGAGAAGUGCCCAUCCCAAGGCUCAGCCCAGAGCAAUCAGAGGAUCAGAAUUCUAUACCUGGAAGAAAAUGGCUGGAUUCUCUGAAUGUGUUUGGAUGCCAUGGUUGUACAGAUUGUUUACAGUGGCAGAAAAGUUUGACAUGUUAGUGUUAUAUGGGACUUUGGUUGUACUCUCAGUAUACUGUGAAUAUAUCCUCUGCAUACGUGUUAUGCUUCAGUGUUAGUUAAAUCACUUGGGCUAUCAGGUUAUAAUGCUCUAAAGAAAACUCCCAAUUAAGAACACUGACAAACUUAAGGACAGAGCUGAGAUUGGGUCAAAUGCAUGACGAUGCUUUCUGUUGUUUUAAAGGCACUAAAUAGGUUCUGAUUAUUCUGUACUCUAUACAGUAAAUCUUUUGUGUGUUUGUAGUAAUCUGACAUAAUCGCCGGUGUGUAAGAGUCUGACUCAUACUUAGAAGCUGAUGUACCUGGUACCGACUCAGGUAUGUCAGUGAUACAGUUAGCACCAUAUUGCCAGCAAAUAACUUCUCCCUCUCCGGGUUUUCCGGUCCUUUUGUAGGUACAUUAAAUAGGAAUGCGCUAACGAGUGGAGUGAUCUCUGAAUCGCAGCAGCUGUUGAAGUGAGAGUAUUGGCUAAACAUAAGUUUAUAUAGGGUGGAAUACAUCAUAUAUACAGCUGUAAAAGGGGGGAAACCAACUCUCAGUUUCACUAUUGCUGCUGCCUUCAUACGCUGCAAUCUCUUUCUAUUCUCUUCAUUUAAAAGGUUGAGGAAACAACUAGAAACAUUAAAGAAAAAAAAAUAGCCAAAUAAUAAUGAAGCUGUGUUCCAAAUCAUCUGCAGUCUCCUCACCCCUGUGUGCGUUAAUAUAUCCAGCUAUGCUCUACUAGGCUGUCUGCUUCUUUAAAUGGAGCUCAUGUUAACUGUAGGAGUCUGUUCAAUCGCUCUUUACAUUGAAGUAUUCAUCUACUAUAUUGGGCAAAUCUCUUCCUUUCGGUUUUAGUUCCACUCAAGGCUAUUAUCCUUUAAGGACAAUCACUGCAAAUUUCAUUUUCAUAUUUGUAAUAGAAAUAGCGUACUACACAAUUGUUACUGAAGAGAUUAAUGGUGUUCUAAAUGUCUUCAGCAGUUUUACUUGUAAUUCAUCAAUAAUUGGCAGAUUCGACGUCACAGUUACUCUAACUAGACUUCUCAGAGAGAAAUGUAGAUAUUAGGAACAAACACAAAGGUGCAGAGGGUAGUGUCACUAAAAGAGUAAGAGAAGUAUUGCAGAAUAAGUGUGUUUGUUUCCUGUGCAACUCGUGCCUGUCUCCCGCUGAGGCUGAGGACAAGCCCUCUGCAGCGCGCGCCCUGCCCUUCCCGCCCGGCUCGGAGCAGGGAGCAGCCCGGGACACUUUCAGGGCGGCUGCUCAUUCCACUUAACUGCGGAUGCACCGUUCCUUGGAAGCUGGCCUGAAGAGAAUAUGCUCUUACGUGGUACAAUGUAGUUUAGUUGCAGAUGACUGGUAAACCACUGGGUUAAUUCACUGGUACACAAGGCGUUGCAUGUUUCAGGUGCUGUUCUAAAUCACAAUGAGCCCAAGUCAGUUUUCUUAGCAUGUACUACUUGCAUCUUGAUUCAGUUGUAUGCUGAAGGAACAGGUAAGUCAAGUAAUAGCUGUGAAUGACCGGUUUUGCUGUACGCCUGUUACUAUUUAGAUUGGAUUCCAUGAUGUACUUCUUGGCAUAUGUGUAAGCUCUUCAGGACAGCGGUAGGUCUUGCGGGUUAAAAAAUCAGCAGAUUCUAGUCUCUUUAGACUGGGCUGAAACAGCAGUUUGGUGGUUAGUUUUGUUGGUGACAUUCCCCAUGAAUAGAAAGGGAACAUGUUUAAUGGUGUUCAGAUCCAUUAACAGCAGAAAGGAGCAGCUUUGUAGCCAGAAGGAGAGUGCUGUUAGCGCUCCACACCUCACCCCGGUGUAGGAUAGGGCAAAACUGUUGGUAAAACCCGAGGAAUUCCUGGAACAAAGAGUAAUGGUCAAACAGAAGGCAGGGCUGCUGUCUCGCUGCCGUCCUCGUCAGGUCUGCAGGCAGCAGAUCUGUGUAGCUGCACAGUAUUGAGUGUCACCUUCCCUCAAGAGACUCAGCAGUAACACAGGUCUAAAGUGUCCAUGUUUAAGAAUACGAGGAGAAUUUAAGAAGAAUAUAGAGCGGCAGAUAAUCGUGAAGUUCUUCUGCAUGAGGUCAUCUGAGAUGAUCCUCAGUAUAGUGCUGGUAUUACAGUAAACUGAUGAAGCAAUCUGGAAUAUACAGUUGUGCUCGUCCAAAGGUAGCAAAGUUUUAGCCCAACAGACAUACACUGGUGAAAGGUGCAGUUAUGGCAGGAUAACCUUAUUCCCAGCUGACCAUAAGACCAGUCGAAGACCAUACUUGAGAAAUCUGUAGAUCUGACUCCUAGUUGUUCUGUUGCUGACAGUAAGAGCGCCUCUCUUAGCCUCGGCCUCUGGGGUGCCGGGUGCACUGGUUACGGUUUCUGUCCCGUGGGAUGGACUUGUUUCUGUGAAGCAUGUUGCACGUCACAAAUAGCUGUUACUGCCCGUAGGCAGCAGUGGCUGCUUUGGCAGUGCUGCAGAAAAAGACUUUGAGGUUUGUUGUGUUUCCCCCGGUGUCUUGGUGUUGUGAACAAGUGCCAUGUGCCUUUCUGCAGAGAACGACCGCUUCAGUCCCUCCUGCCUCCCUGUCCGCCUCCAAUGCACGCGGGCCCCUUAUAGUUCGUUAACAGUGAGCAGGUUAAGCAGGGCCGUGGUCCUGCCUGUCUCCUGCUUUUCUGGGGGACAGUCUGCAUCCACAGAGCUGCCUCUGAAUGGAGAGGAUGCUGCUCCACAGCUCCAGUAACUGGGAUCUCAACAGACGGUCAGCAGUGAUCUAGCUCUUUUUUUUAAUACUGAAAUCAUUUUAAGAUUAUUCAAUUUUCUUUAUAAAAAUAAAGGGCUGGAUCUUAUAAAAUGAAAAAAAAAAACGGGAAUCUAUGAGGAUUAUUUUGCAGACGUGUAACUAAAAUACACUGCUUGCUUUAUUUAAAAAGCUACUGUUCUUCACCCAGCCCACUCCACCCCCUUCUACCUGACACGUUAGUUUUAGGCUUAGGACUAAGAUCCUUUAUACCCGAAGCUUCCAACUGACAAGUUUUAUUUUGACAAUGCUUUGUUGUCAAUGCUGUCCCUGAAAUCAAUGCAAAUUAAAAUACCUGUUCACAAAGCUGAUUCACAAAAGCCUAUAUUCGGACUUGCUAAACAAUUCAAGGAAUUGUCAUUGUGUCCUCUCUUUACAGAGGGAAUCCAUUAACCAUUUCUUUUGUUUCUAAUCUCGCAAUCCGUAACACUGUGCAGUUUCCUGCUCUAUAGCUGUCAAGCAUGUAGUCUGUGUUGCUCUAACAUCUCAACUCAGUUCCUUCUGCUUAGAAUGGGUUAACACAUCUGUGUUCAACUUUAUCUUAUAAAUUGACUUAAAUCAAUAAACAAGCAAAGUGAAGAUAAGAAAUGGGGUCAUGAUGGCUUAUUGGGAGACCUGGAUAAAUCUGGACAAUUGCUGAAUAACAACUUGCAGCUCAUUCAGAUAAUUGACUCAGUCCUGUGUCUUCUCCAAAGACUGUUCCUUAUUUCCUAGUUUUAGCCUACACUGGUUUUAAAACGGUAAGAACAACCCAAUACAAAUCUUUACAAAAAGAAAUGUAUGAGACUUAUAAUGACUAAAGCUUGAUUCCGUAUGUAGAUACACCAUUUUAGAAAAGGGGUAUUUGACAGGGCAAUGGUAGGCUGUAAGCCGAUGAACAGAUCAUCUGACUAAUAUAGCUGGAUGGAAUGGAACUCGCAUGAGAGAACAUAAAUCUGCUCCAUUUAGCAGAUCUGUGUGUGUCUGUAACAGUGCAACUUCUAAUUUACUAUGGCAUUGUCAGAAACGGGGUGCAGAUCAAUUGAGUAUUGAAUUUGCAGCUAUUUGUAAUACUUUCAAUUACCUCUGAUAAAAAGCAUAGGUUAGGCUUUGGAUAAAACAUAUAUAUGGCUGGCUAUGAAAUCAAUAUUCUUCUACAGGGAAUUAAACCUGAUUUAAAAUGAAUGGCAAUGUUCAUUACUCCAGCGUUAACUUUAUUAUUUCUUGAUGUUCUGUAGGCUGAGCCAGUAAAGAAGCCCUCUGGCUUGUUUAUAUGUCAUUGGUUUGAAGUCUUUUCAAUGAGAAGAAGGUCCAAGUUAUCUGAGCAGAGUUUGUGUACGAGGGUACUUCAGAGCUUUGGUUGUGCGUGCAGAGGAGACAGGCGGUCCCGCUUGAGUCUUGUCCGACAGACACUGUGUCUCCAUCUAGAAACAGCCUUUGAUACUGAGAAGUAUCUCAGGAUGGUUCCUUCCUUUACUAAUAGUUUGUGCAAACGAGGCAGCCUUGGCUCUGGUGACAGCUUUGAAACAUUCCGAGAGGUGCUCUCAGCUUGCCUUGAAAUCGCAUGUAGACCCAUGGAGCAUUCUUUUCCUUCCAAACAUUACUUGCUCUUCGUUCUCUCUUAAUACUCUGACUUUAGGUAUAAGCCUGGAUGUAAAAGAGGUCACAAGAGCUAUGCUGAUGCAUAUAUGUUAAAAAUGUGAUUCAUUUUCCACAAGUAUUUGACCUUUUCUAAAAUAACAGGCAACAACUUUGGGAAGGAUCAGGAACAUUGUUCGCUCUCCUGCUUUAUCCAAGUUUUGUUUUAACUGGACCAGAAAUAAGUCUGUACAUCCUGCCCUCCAGGGUUCCAGAAGGCAGCCCAGCGUUGCCAGCUCAGCCUGGGCUCAGAGGAGCGGGUGCACUUUGCUGCCCUACGAAUCGGUGGUUCCCGUGUGUCACUGACCGUAACACGAGUGUGAUGGCCACGUCAGUUAAGACAGACUUUGUGAUGAAAGAGCAGAACUCGAGCUGUGGAGGGGCCAUAACAUUUCAUGCAGUGCCAUGAUGUUUGCAGACAAGGAGGACAGCUCAUAGCCUUUACUUCUCGUAGACACCACAGAGCAGAUACUCCAAGAAGACACGUGCAACAGAGGGAGGUUUGCAGGACUUACAGAAUCCCUCCAGGAUUUGGGUUGGAACAAGAGGAUGUGUCGUUUUUUUGGUUUUUUCCUUCUCUCUGUCAAAUGAUCAGUAAUUUAUACAUCUAAUAUAUACGUCUGUCGUGUCUGUUGAUGAAAUAUUUGCGGAUGACCCUGCUGGAGAUACAAAUACUUGUCUGGAUCAAAAGUUGUGUUCCGCGGAAACAGUUUAAUAUAAGUUGCGUUCCAUGGUUUCUUCCCUCCUGAAGAGCCUGAUCUCAGCUUACAUAGAUAAGAUUUGCAAAGGAAUGUUUACAAAGAAAUCGGGAACUAGUACAAAAAGGAAAGAGAGUUGUCAGAGCAAAAAGGACCAAGACUUAACUCAGAUUGGACAAACAAAGAACCCAACGUUUUCCAAUACUUUAAAAAGCACCGUCAAGAAGAUUACCAAGUGUCCGUCUGCCCGCAACCUGUCAACCGAAGAAGAGGAAAGUAAUAGAGAAUUUUCGCUUUCUCCAACAUUCAGUUACAGAGUCGCUAUUGCCAAUGGACUGCAAAAGCACAUUUUUGUAACAAACAAUAAUAAUGAAGAUAUAAUUCAAGAUUUGUCUUCAAAUGAUAGCUCGUAUUCUGAGUCACUAAGUGAAAUCAAGAGCAACAGCAAAAAACCCGAGUACUUGUCACACACGAUGCCGGUGAGACGCAACAGGAAGAGCCUGAGCAGCCUGGCGCCGUCCGACGGGAGUUCCGACGGGGAGCGCACUUUGCACAGCCUGAAGCUGGGAGCCCUGCGGAAGCUCAGGAAGUGGAAGAAGAGCCAGGAAUGCGUCUCAUCAGACUCGGAACUGAGUACAUGGAGGAAAACAUGGGGCCUGAGAAGCAAAUCUCUGGACAGAACUGGCCGUCACCAGAAAUCACAUACUCUUGAACCUGGCUUUAGCUCAACGAGUUGCAUUAGUCAAACCCAUGAUGUUAUGGAAAUGAUUUUUAAAGAGCUUCAGGGAAUAAGUCAAAUUGAAACGGAACUCUCUGAAUUAAGGGGACAUGUUAAUGCUCUGAAACAAUCAAUUGAUGAGAUUUCUAGUAGCGUAGAAGUUGUACAAAAUGAAAUCGAACAAUUGCGGACUGGAUUUGUACAGUCCAGAAGGGAAACUCGGGACAUACACGACUACAUUAAGCAGAUAGGCCAUCCAGGAAACAAAGCAAGUCUUAGGUUUCUAAAUGUGCCUGAAGAGGGACUUGAAAAUCCUGAAAGCACAGUUUACAAAAUCCUAAUAGAUAAAAUGGGCUUCUCAGAGGCACAAAGCACUAUUAACAUUGAGUUUGCCCAAAGGCUGGGGCACCAAAGAGACUGUCCAAAUGCCAAGCCAAGGCCCAUUCUCGUUUACUUUGAGUCAUCACAGCAAAGAGACUUGAUUUUAAAAAAGUCUUAUAAACUUAAGGGAACUGGCAUUGGAAUUUCUACAGACAUAUUUUCCCAUGACAUAAAAGAGAGAAAAGAAAGAGGACUGCCUUCCUCCCAGACGUACGAGAGCAUGGACAUGAAACCUCUCACUGCGGAGGCAAAAGCUAAACCGCACGGCUGGGAGUCACCCGACAGCGAUAAAGACCUGGAAUCCGAUAUCAAUCAGAACAGUUACGCAAAGGUAUCCAAAUCAGCACUUCAAACAAAAACAAGCGCUGCAAAGGGCAAUAUUGAGUCACCAAAUACUCAAGACCUUAACACAGCUGCUGACAGCAGCAGCUUUUCAAACAGAAGAGGUUAUGGUAAUCAGUCACCGGAAUUUGACAACGUGGAAAAACAAUCAAAGAACUAUUAUUCAGACAUGACUCCUCUAUGGCAUUUACAGAAUGACUUUGCAACACCAAAACUUAGCCGUUCAGAGUCAGAUUUCUCAAAACUGUGUCAGUCUUACUCUGAGGACUUCUCAGAAAAUCAGUAUUUUAGCAGAACAAACGGCAGCUCGCUGCUGUCUUCCUCUGAUCGAGAGCUUUGGCAGCGAAGGCCAGAUGACUCUACAAACUGGUAUGGCAGCUCCCAGGAGCAGACUUUUGUCCAAGACACACAGCAGUAUCCAGAGCCAAACGAAGCAGAGAACACAGCAGCUGUUGACAGUGGAGUGAGCAAUGGACUAACACGUGCAUCUGGAGACAGAAGCCACUAUAGUGGUUCUCAGCUUUCUUUACAUGGUGAUCUUUCACCAUGGAAAGGCUGGAAUCAGCUGGACCAAGGGGCAGAUUUAGGCCUAGACACAUCCAGACAGGAGGUUUUCGUGUAUGAUAUGAGCAGCCCUUCAGAUCAACAGACAGACUUUGCAAAGUGCCAGAGUUCUGACCUCCAGUACGAUACCGAAAGCUAUGAUUUUACUCUUGAUGGUACUUCUCCGUCAUGUCCAGGCCUUGAUAGUGAAUCACAAAGUCAGUGGACUAGUCAAUAUGAGGAUUAUCAGGAAACAAAUUCUAUCUCCCCCUAUCAGAAUCAAAACAGUUUGCCUAUGAUGUACCGCAGUCAGAGUGAGCUCCCAAGUGAUGACUCGGAAGAAACAGCCCCGAAGUCAUGGCACAGCCGGCUAAGCAUCGAUCUUUCUGAUAGGACUUUCAGCUUUCCUAAAUUUGGAUCUACACUUCAGCGUGCUAAGUCGGCUUUAGAGGUAGUCUGGAAUAAAAGUACACAAAGUUUAAGUGGGUAUGAAGACAGUGGAUCAUCUUUCAUAGGGAGGUUCAGGACUUUAUCGCAGUCUACUGCAAAUGAAUCCAGUACGACACUUGAUUCUGAUGUUUAUGCUGAGCCUUAUUGCUACAAAGCAGAGUAUGAGGAAGACUUAAUGCAAGCGCCUGGUGAGAAUGAAACAGACUAUGUAGAAGUAAUGGAGCAAGUUCUUGCUAAACUAGAAAACAGAACUAACAGUAGUGAAACUAGUGAGCAGGUCCAAGAAUACGAGGCGGGGCAGCCUUCUUACGAGCCCCCGUACACGGUGGUGUCGGAGGGGCAGUUCGACAGCCAGCCGGACUGCGUGCUCGCCGCGGGGACGCUGGACGUUGAAAGCGACACGGCUGCUGACACGGAGGUAAAGGAAGAUGAGAAUCAGAAUGUCCCAGAAAUGCUCACUGAAACCCCAAGGAAGAAAAGAAUACGACCGUCAUUUAAAGAAGCCGCUUUAAAAGCAUACAAGAAACAAAUGAAUGAUUUGGAAGAGAAGAUCCUUGCUGGAGAUAGCGGUUCUGUGGAUGAAAAGGCUCGCUUAGUAAGUGGAAGUUCCUUGGAUCCUUCAAAGCUUUAUGCAGUCCAGGCAUUUAGUGGCGCGGGCCGCGGGCUGUACGGGAUCGACAGCAUGCCCGACCUCCGCAGGAAGAAGUCUUUCCCCAUUGUUCGGGACGUGACACUUGCAGCUCGAAAAUCUGGUAUUUCCAUGGCCAUGCUCAUCCGGACCUCCAUAGACAACGAUGAAAUGAAAAUACAUGUCUUCAAGAAGACCUUGCAGGCUUUGAUCUACCCAAUAUCAUCAACUACGCCUCACAACUUCGAAGUCUGGACAGCUACAACUCCCACGUACUGCUACGAAUGUGAAGGUCUGCUUUGGGGCAUAGCCAGGCAAGGCAUGAGAUGCACCGAGUGUGGUGUCAAAUGCCAUGAGAAGUGCCAGGACCUCCUGAAUGCUGACUGUUUGCAGAGAGCUGCUGAGAAAAGUUCCAAACAUGGUGCAGAAGACAAAACACAGAAUAUUAUUAGUGCUAUGAAGGAAAGAAUGAAAAUUAGAGAGAAAAAUAGACCUGAAGUGUUUGAAGUGAUCCGGGAAAUGUUUAAUAUUUCCAAAGAAGACUUUUUACAAUAUACAAAAGCAGCAAAACAAAGUGUUCUGGAUGGAACGUCCAAAUGGUCAGCAAAAAUUACCAUCACAGUGCUCUGUGCUCAGGGACUACAGGCCAAGGACAAAACCGGCUCCAGCGACCCCUACGUCACUGUGCAAGUUGGCAAAACAAAGCGGAGAACAAAGACUAUUUUUGGAAACUUGAAUCCAGUGUGGGAUGAAAAAUUCUAUUUUGAAUGCCAUAACUCCACAGACAGAAUAAAAGUAAGAGUAUGGGAUGAAGAUGAUGACAUCAAAUCUAGAGUAAAACAACAUUUUAAAAAGGAAUCAGACGAUUUCCUUGGGCAAACAAUCAUCGAAGUAAGAACACUGAGUGGAGAAAUGGAUGUCUGGUAUAAUUUAGAAAAGCGGACAGAUAAAUCAGCUGUCUCUGGUGCCAUUAGAUUGAAAAUCAAUGUUGAAAUAGAAGGAGAGGAGAAAGUUGCUUCCUACCAUGUGCAGUACACCUGUCUACACGAGAAUCUAUUCCAUUACUUGACGGAAGUUAAAUCGAACGGCAUUGUGAAGAUCCCGGAAGUGAGAGGUGAUGAGGCCUGGAAGGUGUACUUUGAUGACGCCGCACAAGAAAUUGUAGAUGAAUUUGCAAUGCGCUAUGGGAUUGAAGAUAUCUAUCAAGCUAUGACGCACUUCUCCUGUCUGUCUUCUAAAUACAUGUGCCCUGGCGUUCCAGCAGUUAUGAGUACGUUGUUGGCCAAUAUAAAUGCUUUCUAUGCUCAUACUACCGCAGCAACUAACGUGUCUGCCUCAGAUCGAUUUGCUGCCACUAACUUUGGGAGGGAAAAGUUCAUAAAACUGCUGGAUCAGUUGCACAAUUCUCUGAGGAUUGAUUUGUCCAAGUACAGGGAUCAUUUUCCUGCCAGCAAUUCCGAAAGACUCCAGGAUCUGAAAUCAACCGUGGACCUGCUUACCAGCAUCACUUUCUUUCGAAUGAAGGUGCUCGAAGUGCAGAGCCCACCCCGAGCCAGCGCCGUGGUGAAGGACUGCGUGCGAGCCUGCCUGGACUCGACCUACAGAUACAUCUUCGACAACUGCUGUGACCUCUAUUCCCAGCUGGUGGACCAGAGUAAGAAACAAGAAGUUCCUAAAGAAGAACAGGGACCAACAGCGAAGAAUUUGGAUUUCUGGGCACAGCUUAUUACUCUGAUGGUCACUAUCAUAGAUGAAGAUAAGACAGCGUAUACACCCGUCUUGAACCAGUUCCCGCAAGAGCUGAACAUGGGAAAAAUCAGUGCUGAAAUCAUGUGGAUUCUGUUUGCCCAGGACAUGAAAUAUGCUCUGGAAGAACAUGAAAAGCAGCGUUUAUGCAAAAGCACAGAUUAUAUGAAUUUGCACUUCAAAGUGAAAUGGUUUUAUAAUGAAUACGUGAGAGAACUCUCUGCUUUCAAGGAUGCGGUGCCUGAAUACUCUCUGUGGUUUGAACCAUUUGUCAUUCAGUGGCUGGAUGAAAACGAGGACGUCUCAAUGGAAUUUCUUCAUGGAGCACUAGAAAGAGACAAAAAAGACGGGUUCCAGAAAACAUCGGAUCACGCUCUCUUCUCUUGUUCCGUGGUUGAUGUCUUCACACAGCUCAACCAAAGCUUUGAGAUUAUUAGGAAGCUUGAGUGUCCUAAUCCAGAAGCACUAUCUCAUUUAAUGAGAAGAUUUGCAAAGACUAUCAACAAAGUGCUUCUUCAGUAUGCUGUAAUUAUUUCAAAUUAUUUCAGCUCGUAUUGUGAUAAAGAAGAUGUGCCCCGUAUCUUAAUGAACAACAUUCAACAAUUAAGAGUCCAGCUUGAGAAAAUGUUUGAGUCCAUGGGAGGAAAGGAGAAGAAAGAAGGAGAGAGAUUCUCUUAUGAGUUGGACCCUGAAGCUAGCGUCGUUCUGAAGGAGCUGCAGGUGAAACUUAGCAACGUAUUGGAUGAACUCAGCCUAACAUACGCUACAAGUUUCCAGUUUAUUAUUGAAGAUUGUGUAAGGCAAAUGAGCAAUGAGCUGAAUCAAAUGAGAGGCAAUGGGAAUGCAGCAGCUAAUAAGAACAGUGCGGCCAUUGAUGCUGAGAUUGUGCUUCGACCUCUCAUGGAUUUCCUGGACAAAACCCUAAGUGUCUCUGCAAAGAUCUGUGAGAAGACGGUUCUGAAACGCGUUUUAAAAGAGCUGUGGAAGUUAGUCCUGAACAAAAUAGAGAAACAGAUUGUGCUUCCACCUCUGACGGACCAAACGGGGCCCCAGAUGAUAUUCAGUGCCGCCAAAGAUCUUGGACAGCUAUCAAAACUGAAGGAGCACGUGAUCCGGGAGGAAGCCAGGAGCCUGACGCUGCGGCAGUGCGCCGUCAUGGACGUGGCCCUCGCUACCAUCAAGCAAUACUUCCACGCUGGAGGAAGUGGCCUGAAGAAGGGUUUCCUGGAGAAGAGCCCAGACCUGCAGUCCUUGAAAUACGCCCUGAGCCUUUACACGCAAACCACUGACGCCCUGAUAAAGAAGUUCAUAGACACCCAGACGUCUCAGAGUCACAGCACUAAUAAUACCGUGGGUGAGAUAUCCAUACAGGUGGACAUUUCUACACAUCCUGGAACCGGCGAGCAUAAAGUCACUGUAAAAGUUGUAGCAAUUAACAAACUAAACUGGCAAACGACAGCCAUGUUCCGGCCGUUUGUGGAAGUUUGCAUAUUAGGUCCUAACCUCAGUGACAAGAAAAGAAAACACGGAACCAAGACGAAGAGCAACACCUGGUCACCAAAAUACAAUGAAACUUUCCAAUUCAUCUUGAGUAGCGAAGACAAGCCAGGAGCCUACGAACUGCACCUGUCCGUGAAGGAUUACUGCUUUGCGCGGGAGGACCGCGUGAUCGGGAUGACCGUCAUCCAGCUGCAGAGCGUGGCAGAGAAGGGCAGCUGUGCCUCCUGGUACCCCCUGCUGAGGAACGUCUCUGUGGAUGAAACCGGGCUGACGAUUCUCAGAAUACUUUCUCAGAGGAACAAUGAUGAAGUUGCUAGAGAGUUUGUAAGACUUAAAUCAGAAACACGAUCUGCUGAAGAAACGGCCUAAAAUACCCAAGCGAUGCAAGAUUGUCGCCGCCAAGAACUUAGAUCCAGUGCUGUCGUCUGAGUAGUGCAUGCAUGUGCAAAUCUGUGGGAAUGUUUAACCAUGUUUUCAGUGUUCGCCAGUACUUCUGUACUAUAUUUGCAAGGUAUGUCAAGGAGCUGUACAUCUUUUAUACAUAUUUUGGUCUUUGGUAAAGUAAUUGUCCCAAUGAAGUGCCAAAACUAAGAUUAAGAGUCUAUGUUUCAUCAUAUCUUUUCAAAUGUUGAUUUCACCUCAUCACAAUUCCUUUAUUUUUUAACCGUUAUUAAUAAAUCAUUAGCUUUUUUAAAUUAAUUAGUAGGUUGUCUCUGUUAAACUACUGUGCUGCUUAUUCUAAAUUAAGUUACCUCCCUCACUGUUAUUUUAAAAAUACGUACCUAGUUUUCUUCAAACUGUCAUUUAUGCAAGCCUCAUUUUCGGUGUCUUACAGAUAACUUUUUCUAUCAUUACUACAGAUGCAGUUACUUAUAGAAAGUGUUUGUAAUUUUAUAAUUAACAGUAUAAAGUAAUGAUUUUUGCAUAAAAACUGAAAAAGGAUGGGAAUAUUUUAUGCUAAUCUUUUUCCAACCUUUCAUAACUAUCACUGUGAAGAAAUGCUGUUAAAGUUCUCAAGAAGCUGUGCUUAUCAGAGUUUGUUACUGAUGUUUGAUAUCUCAAGAUAACUUUGUUCUCAAAACUGCCAAGGUAAUACCAUAUUUGUAUUAAAAGAGUCAGUACCCGCAGGAAAAGACGGCGGCGCAGUGCAGCACGCGCGCUCUUAAGUCGUUCUAAAUGAUCGGUGCUGUACAAGGGCUCGUGGUCUGAACAGGAGAUGCCGCUUGGGGGUUGUUUGUAGAGGCUGUUUGCGAAGAGAAGAGAUGCUGUUAGCGUCUUCACUCAGUUAGUACCGUUGCUUUACAUACUUAGCUGUGACAUCAGUUAAGUGCUUUAUUUCUUAUUUAUUUUUUUUAGAAAAGUUAACCGUUUGUACUUAUGCAACAUUACUAUGUAUUGCACUAAAGCAAACUCUGUGUUCUGUAAAUAUAUUUAGUGAGAAAUUGUAAAAUAAAGUAUGAAGAAACUGC